ACAGAACUUACACACAAACUCUCACUCUCUCUCUAUCCCUCAGUCAAAACUGAGUCAGCUUUCCCGAAAAGAAAAGAAACCUCAAAGAACGCACCUAUCACUCUAUCUCUCACACAGGAGACUCGUUGCCUUUUCUUCCUUUCCUUCUUCUCUGCUUUCUUUCAUGGCGGUUCCCAGUGUAUCCUGUCUCUACAACGGUACCAUCUUCAUCAUCCUCAUCAUCUUCGCAACCUUACCCGGCAUUCUCACUCACUCAGCACCGGCUUCACCAACUACUACUACUACUACUACUACUACUUCUACUACUUCUUCGGACGUGGAGCUGGUGCUUAGCAAAAUCAAGCCAUCGCUGCAAGGCAACGCAGAGAAUCUGCUGCUAUCUUCAUGGAACGCGUCCAUGCCGCUCUGCCAAUGGCGAGGCCUGAAAUGGGUCUUCACAGAUGGGACACCUCUCGUCUGCACCGACCUCUCUUCUCCACAGUGGGCCAACCUCUCCAUCUACAAAGACCCGUCGCUCCGCCUUCUCUCUCUUCAGCUCCCUUCAGCCGGCCUUUCGGGAACAGUCCCAAGAGAACUCGGCGAGCUCUCCAAUCUACAGAGUCUGUAUCUCGGAGUCAAUACGCUCUCCGGAACGAUCCCGCUCGAGCUCGGCUACAGUUCUUCGCUCUCGGAGAUUGACUUGGGCGGCAAUUUGCUCAACGGCUCGCUUCCCCCGUCGAUCUGGAACCUCUGCGAUCGGCUCGUUUCGCUUCGUCUACACGGUAACUCUCUCUCCGGCUCUCUUCCCGAGCCCGCAUUGCCUAAUGCUACUUGCAAGGAUUUUCAAAUUCUCGAUCUUGGUCACAACAUGUUUUCUGGCAGUUUCCCGGAAUUUGUAACUAGGUUUAACAGUCUUAGAGAGCUUGACCUUUCCAGCAACAUGUUAUCGGGUCCAAUUCCUGUCAGCUUAAGUGGAUUAAAUUUGGAGGAACUGAAUCUUUCGUAUAAUAAUUUUAGUGGGGUGUUGCCAGACCUUCGGAAUCCUAAGAUUGGAGUGGAGGCUUUCGACGGGAACAAUAAUCUUUGCGGGCCUCCAUUGAGGAGCUGUAGAGGAAGGUCUGGGUUGAGCUCUGGUGCAAUUGCUGGCAUCGUUAUUGGAUUGAUGACCGGAACGGUUGUUUUGGCUUCCCUGUUAAUUGGGUAUGUUCAGGGGAAGAAGAGGAAGAGCAGGGAGGAAGAUGAGGAGGAGCUGGAAGAAGGAGAAGAUGAAGAAAAUGGCGGCGGCGGCGGCGGAGAGGGGAAGCUAAUUUUGUUUCAGGGCGGCGAGCAUUUGACAUUGGAUGAUGUGCUGAAUGCAACGGGGCAAGUUAUGGAGAAGACGAGUUAUGGGACUGCGUACAAGGCCAAGCUUGCAGAUGGGGGAACCAUAGCUCUGAGGCUGUUGAGGGAAGGGAGUUGUAAAGAUAGAGGUUCGUGUUUGCCCGUGAUAAAGCAAUUGGGCCGAAUUCGUCACGAGAAUUUGAUUCCUUUGCGGGCUUUUUAUCAGGGGCUGAGAGGGGAGAAGCUGCUCAUCUAUGACUAUCUUCCCAACAGAACCCUCCAUGAUCUGUUACAUGAGUCAAAAGCAGGGAAACCGGCUUUGAAUUGGGCUAGGAGACACAAGAUUGCAUUGGGUAUAGCAAGAGGACUAGCAUAUCUUCAUACAGGUCUCGAAACACCCGUUACUCAUGGGAAUGUAAGAUCCAAGAAUGUGCUCGUGGAUGACUUUUUUGUGGCCAGGCUCACAGAGUUUGGACUUGAUAAAAUAAUGAUUCCAGCUGUUGCUGAUGAACUGGUAGCGCUUGCAAAAACCGAUGGCUAUAAGGCACCAGAACUCCAGAGGAUGAAAAAGUGUAAUUCCAGGACAGAUGUAUAUGCCUUUGGGAUACUUCUACUGGAGAUUUUGUUAGGGAAGAAGCCCGGGAAAAAUGGAAGAAACAGCGGUUUUGUUGAUUUGCCUUCACUAGUAAAAGAGGCAGUUUUGGAGGAGACAACAAUGGAGGUUUUUGAUGUAGAGGUGUUGAAAGGGAUCAGAAGUCCAAUGGAAGACGGGUUAGUUCAGGCACUGAAGCUUGCGAUGGGCUGUUGUGCUCCGGUGGCGUCUGUUAGACCCUCCAUGGAUGAGGUUGUGAAGCAGUUGGAGGAGAACAGACCGAGGAACAGGUCUGCUCUAUACAGCCCUGCAGAAACUAGAAGCGGAAUGGAGACCCCAUUUUGAGUUUUUAGUUAGGUCGUGAGGUCCCUUGCUACCCGGUUCCUCCUCAAGGAAGAACAUCAUCAUGAACGCUCCACUGUCUUGUUGCCUUUUCCUUUAUUUUUAUUUUUUUCUGGGUUCCAAGUGAAGUUGUGUUUGUAAGGUUGAAAUGAUUCUUAGUCUGCUUGUUUAUUGACUUUAACCUACGCAGAACAGAGUGUUUAGAGAUACAUAUAGAAAGAUGUCAUAUUUUGAGCAAAACCUCUCGUCUCCAUAGGGACAGUGUGCUUAGUGGAAGAGGGGUUUGUAUAAAUUCAAUUGAAAGUUGUUCCUUUG